GGAACAGUCUCGUUUGUUCAGGAGCAAUACACUAGUUUGUCGGGGAAUGCUGGGACUUGUAGUCUAACCGCUGGAUUGACAAAAGAAGUGAAGUGGUCCCCGCCCGCAGGCUGCAGCAGGGACACCUACUUCAUCACUCCCAAGAUCCCCAGCUGAUCAUUGUUCCCCUGCGUGUCACUGGCUGAGCCACACAGAGCUCCCAGGCUGCUCCUCCCAACCGCAUUCCUGGGACUUGCUCAGGCUUCCCCGGCCCCGCUAAGUCUUCCAACAUGGAGCCGCUCUCUCCCUACCCCUUAAAGUGCUCUUCCCCCAAAGCCAAAGUCUUCCUCGUCUUCUUCUCCAUGGUUCUGUGCACGGGGAUCCUGUGUGUCCUGCAGCUCAAGUUCCUCAGGGCCAAAGGGGGAGACUUCUACUCGUACGAGGUGACUGAUGCCAAGGGGAGGACUGUGGCCCUAUCCAAGUACAGAGGCAAAGCAUCUCUGGUUGUAAACGUGGCCAGUGGCUGCCCGCACACCGAGGCAAACUACAGAUCUCUGCAGGAGUUGCACAGGGAGUUUGGCCCUUCCCAUUUCACCGUUUUAGCUUUCCCUUGCAAUCAGUUUGGCGAGUCGGAGCCCGGCACUAACAAGGAGAUCGAGGCUAUGGCCAAAAGGAAUUAUGGAGUGACUUUCCCUGUGUUCAGCAAAAUAAAGAUCCUGGGUUCGGAAGCAGAGCCGGCCUAUAGGUUCCUUGUUGAUUCAACUAAAAAAGAACCACGUUGGAAUUUCUGGAAAUAUCUGGUUGACCCCCAAGGCCAAGUUGUGAAAUACUGGAGGCCUGAUGAGACUGCUGAGAGCAUCCGGCCUGAAGUGGCCUCUUUAGUCAGACAAAUAAUCAUGAAGAAGAAAGAAGACCUGUGAAAUAAUGUGCGGCCAUUGGCACUGGACUCUUCUUAAAAGAAAAUUGUACUUGUUUCAGUUCUAGGCUCCCCCCAGAUUUGUUUAUAUUUCUUCGGGUUAAAUUGUGGUAAUUUUGUACUGUUUGUAAAUCCUUUUUUCAACCAAA